CUCCACUCUUCCACCCGAUCCAUAGUUGCAAUUUUUAUCGUCAGUAACGACACUGAAGGCUAUCUUUCUAGCACGGCUAUUUAAUGUAAUGGCAACCAAAGACGCCAUUCAAUCCGAACUAGAUGGGCUCAACAGGACGUUGGCGAGCACUGAGCUCAAGAAUGACUCAAAGAACCAUGACCAGAUACUGCAUGACAUGCACAACCUCCAACGACAGUUGCAAAAGGUACAAAAGGAAAUCUGUCCCUUCGAAUAUGUGCAUCAAGAGGCGAUGGCAUACAUUGGCAGCGAUCGCGCCAUCGCAGACAUCACCUGGUCAGGAAGUAUUUUUGCCAGCAGUGGCGGAGUGGCAUAUUUCUUCUGGCGUGCUGCUUAUCUGAGCAUGUGCUUUAGCUCUCGAAACAAAACCGUGAGUCGGUCUUGAUGAAUCAAGGGCAAGCUGUUUGGCCGUGAUGUCUGUCGAGAGUAGGCGUGCAUUCUGUCGGUCUAUCAAUUCAAUUUCUGUG